CUCUCCCUGUCUCCAGUCCACGCGGGGGGUAACCCGCCCAAAAAAGUAUCACGCGGCGUGGACGACUACUGCUGUCAGUGCGUCAUGUCAGCGCUACUCAGGCCACAGACGAGGACGAGAUAGGCAGCUGAAGGAUCGCCCGCCGUCCAAAAGGCCAGCACAGUGCAGGAGAAAUGGAAGGAUGGCUGAACCAGAUGGGGAUGAUCCGGAUAGCGGUCCUUUCAAGCUUUGCUGCACAUCUUGUUCUCAUCCUCCUUGCUGGGAUUCGUCGGCGUACAGCCUCCGGUGGGCGGAUGCUCCUUCUGUGGCUGGCGUACCAGCUGGCCAACUGGGCCGCGGCGUAUGCCCUUGGUAACCUGUCCUUCGGCAGCAGGUUGCAGGAGCAGCCGCAGCUGGUCGCGUUCUGGGCGCCAUUCCUCUUGCAGCAUCUCGGCGGCCCGGACAACAUUAGCGCCUACUCCCUGGAGGACAAUGUGCUGUCAGGGCGGCAAGCACUCAAUGCCUUUGUGCAGGUCGGGGGAGCCAUUUAUGUCGUGUACAAGCACAUAUACCUUGGCGGUGGCGACAGAGCUUUGCUUCGGGCAUCCAUCAUCAUUCUCACCGUCGGUGUUGCCAAGUAUGUGGAGAGGGUGUUCGCACUACGGCGAGGCAACUUGGGCAACAUCCGGAGCUCAAACAAGAAGAAGAAACUAAGCAGAUUCACUGAUGUCUCGGGCUCCAGAAAGGGAACUGUGCUGGACAAUGAGCAAGCCCUGAUGGUUGCCCACAACAUGUUCCCGUUCUGCCAGCGUGCAAUGACUGAUUCUUCUGUCAACAUGGAUUCACCUGACCUUGAUGCAAGCAGAGAAAUGUUCUCUUUUGGGUGGGAGAGUAUGUGCAAGGUGGUGGAGAUGGAGCUUUCUCUCAUGUACGACAUCCUCUACACCAAGGCAGCCAUGGUCCACACCUGGGGCGGCUACUUGAUCCGUUUUCUUUCGCCAAUCGCCACCGUCACGGCAUUUGUUCUGUUUCUGUUCUACAGCAAAGACGGCCAGAGGAGAGAAGAUCUGGUCAUCACCUACACCUUGCUGGUAGCUACCUUCAUCCUGGACGUGAGAUGGCUGUUUGGGGCAGUUGGGUCUACCUGGAUGCACAUGUUCCUGCAGGCUCGGCCACGGUGCUGGCUUCACCACAAUGUUUUGUGCUCUGGGUCUGGGAUAUGGCGUCGCCUCCGCCGUGUCAUCGUGUCUCUGCGCCGUGGCCGGCUAGCCCUUCUCAUGGCGCCGAGCAGCUACAGAAUGUGGUCGGGCACCAUUGGGCAGUACAGCCUGCUGCACGAGUGCACCCGUACCUGUGACACGGCAACUCUGUGCGGGAGAGCAGCCAAGAAAAUUGGAUUGGAAGAGGGUUGGAACGAACACCGGCACUCUGAGUCUGAAGGUCUUAAGCUUUCAGAAGAUGUCAAGAAGUUGGUGUUCGAACGUGUACGGACGAUACUCAAAUCAACAUAUGAGGUCGACAAGGAUGAGGAGGCUGCAUAUUCCAUGAAUGACGUUACGACAUUCUGGGGUCAGGUGGCAGUCAAGAUGCGUCGGAGGAAACUGCAGAGAUUCCGGCUGGCAUUUGGCCGUGAGUUCCAGGAGGACAUCCUUGUGUGGCACAUCGCCACGCAAGUUUUCCUCACGAGUGAUGAUGGCAAGUUGUAUGCAGAGACAAAGCAUGCCAAGGCGAUCAAGGCGCUGUCAGAGUACCUCAUGUUCCUCGUUGCCGUGCGCCGUCACAUGCUACCGGGCCUUGUUCUCCGCAGCCUGUACGAAGUAACCAAGGAGUCCUUGCAGGAUGUAUGGCGUGAUGAGGUUGGGACCAGUUCCAUUCAAGGUUCCGGUUUGACGGUGAGCGGCAGAGAAGAGAAGCUUGCCAGAAUCCUCCGUGACAAGAAGGACGCAGACAGUGAGUGGGGUUUUGAGCAUGAUAAAACUCGUCUGGUCUCUGACGGAGCUAAGAUUGCCAUGGUGCUGCUCAGCGCCGAUGAGUCAGAGAUGCCGGAACUGCUGGAACUCGUCUUCAACGUGUGGGUGGACAAGCUGCUGUAUGCGGGCACCCGAUGCAGCCGGGAAUCCCAUGCUAGGCAGCUCAGCCGUGGCGGUGAGCUCACGACCAUCGUGUGGAUUCUGGCAGAACAUGCUGGCCCAUUUCAGAUCGGCCAACGCGGCCCAGAUAAUAAAAAACAGGAACCUUGUCCGCCGCCGCCACUGCCGCCGCGACCCAUUUAUACGCAGGAGAGACCGCCGUGGUGGAGCAUAGUGAUUCCGCCACCGCCACCGCCGAUGGUCGAACAACCCAAAAAGGAGGAACCUCGUCCACCGCCGACGCCGCGUCCGGUCCCAUUUCCGCUGCCGAUGGACAUUGAAACCCCCCCAAAAGUGGAGCCUUGUCCGCCACGGCCGCAUCGUGAGAGGAGUAGAAGGUAUGCUACGCUAUAUCCGGUGGACUGAUUGCUCUCUAUCAUUUGGCGACCAUUGAUUUGGUAUCCACUGGUCAUGGGCAUGAUAAAGUUCUCUCAUCAUCGUUAACUACAGAAAGGGAUAUAUUCCAAAUUUGCAAUCAGCUAGUAAAUAGAGUCUUAAAGUUCUAAAGACACAGUUUGCUAUGAUCUGUCAGUCAUACAUACAAGCCUCCUCCCGAUUUCCUUUAUGCUUAUAUAAAGUCCACCUUGAGCUAAAGAAAAAAGGCCAUGGAUGUGUAUUCUAUUCAAGUUCUAAUAAUACCACAAAA